AUGCAGAUUAUCCGAUUUUUUUUCUAUGUGUUCAUGAUUGUGUCGGUGCAGGCGGGCGUGAACUAUUUCAAAGAGCCAAUGUUAGGAGAACAAUAUCAAGGUGGAAGCACGAUUUACUUUUUGGUAUCUCAAUUACCGGAUAUCGACCAACAAACGGUCUAUGCGAAUUUGUAUCGAGAAGGAGGUAGUUUUGCACCCAUCGCAACACUACAAUCUUGGUCACCGUCCAGUAUCGUCAAUACCAAUGAUUUCACUUUUGAAUGGACAACACCAUCCAGUUUGUCUGGUCAGUAUUACGUCAAGAUCGAUGUCGCCAAUGAUCAGGAUGAUAAUGAUAUUUGGCGUUCCUAUACCUUCACGGUCCAUCCUUCUGCAACUAAUAUGAAUUAUAAUAUGAAUAAAUUGAAUACUCAUAAUAAUCAAGUCGUUCGUCCCGUCACUCAACCUUCUUAUCAUACUAAUGACCAUCGAAAAACAAUCACAAACCCUGUUGUUAAAAAUGCCAAUCCUACUCGAGCUGCACAAGCUAUCCCUGCAAAAAAACCCAGUCUUGGUGGUAGAUUGUUACAUCGUCGAUCACAACAAAGACGUCUCACUCCUGUUGAUCCGUCAUCCACAUAG